AUGCGACAUCUUGGGACAUCAUACACUUUGGAUGAUCUAGAGGAAGGAACUGGGUAUUCUAUCACGGUCUCUGCCACUGUGAGUGAAGGAGCCGGGAGCAGUGCUGCAGACACACUGACUGGAGGAGGGAGUGCAGAAGGCUCUAUCACAGCCUCUACAAUGACUGCUGCUCCAUCUGCCCCUCCUACUGAUGUGGUGAUGAGGGUUGAGAGUUCCACAAGUAUGACAGUCCAGUGGGGACCUGUGGAAUGCAGACAUCAGAAUGGAGAGAUAACAGACUACAGGGUGAGGUAUGGGGAGGAGGGGAGCAGUGAGGAUGCCAGGGAUAUUCAGAUGGUGUCAGGAGACUCCAGUGGAGGAGUGACCACAGUGUCUGGACUG